AUGCCUUCGGACGACCCACGCGACUCUGCUCUCGAAACCAGGUUCACACCACCCAAAACCUGGUUCCAAGAGUCAGUUGAUGGCCUCGCGACAUCAGGCAUGUUUCUGUCAGGCCUCAUCAUGGUCACUCGAAACAGAUACCUUGCGUGGCCAGCACUCAUCUUCGCCAUCAACUCCUACAUUAACCAACAUCCAUUGCGCACGAAGGAGGGUGGUACGCCUCCGAUAGGCAAUGUCCUCCUGUCUUUCUUCGCCCUCAUCGCAUCAUAUCUGCCCCUCUUCCUCAAAGCUGCUCCUUCAGCUCCUAGUUCUCAGGCGCCUCUUUUCUGA